AUGGAAGGCCUCACGUGCUUGCUCAUCUGUUUCUUUCUUUCUGAAGCACAAGCCUUUGAAAUCCCCACCAAUGGACUUUCUGAAUUUGCAGAAUAUGGAGAUCUUGUGGAACUGUCCCCAGGCAAAUUUCAAUUUGUUCCAGAGAACCAGAGGUAUCAGAGAAGCCUUCCUGGAGAAUCAGGAGAAACAAUGGAAGAGGUGGACCAAGUCACCCUUGACAGCUAUAAAGUCCAGUCCACUAUUACUUCUCGCAUGGCCAACACUAUCAUCCAGAGCAAAGUGGUGAACAACUCCCCAGAGCCUGAGAAUGUGGUGUUUGACGUUCAGAUUCCCAAAGGAGCUUUCAUUUCCAACUUCUCCAUGACUGUAGAUGGCACUACAUUUACUAGUUCCAUCAAGGAGAAAACUGUGGCCCGAGCUCUCUAUGCACAGGCAAGAGCCAAAGACAAGCUGGCUGGAUUGGUAAGGAGCAGUGCUCUUGAUAUGGAGAACUUCCAAACCGAGGUGAACAUCCUCCCUGGGGCAAAGGUGGAGUUCGAGCUUCAUUACCAGGAGGCGAAGUGGAGGAAGCUGGGAUCCUACGAACACAGACUUCACCUGCAGCCCGGACGGCUGGCCAGACACCUGGAGGUAGACGUGUGGAUUAUUGAACCUCAGGGAAUAAGAUUUCUUCAUGUUCCCGACACAUUUGAAGGUCAUUUUGAUGGUGUUCCAGUCAUAUCUAAAGGACACCAGAAGGCGCAUAUCUCCUUCAGGCCCACAGUAGCGCAGCAAAGAAAAUGCUCCAAGUGCUCUGAGACUGCGGUGGAUGGAGAGCUGGUGGUGAUGUAUGAUGUGCACAGACAAGAGAAGGCUGGUGAACUCGAGGUAUUCAAUGGAUAUUUUGUCCACUUCUUUGCUCCUGAAAACCUGCACCCAAUUCCCAAAAACAUCCUCUUUGUUAUUGAUGUUAGUGGCUCGAUGUGGGGAGUUAAAAUGAAACAAACUGUGGAAGCAAUGAAGACCAUAUUGGAUGACCUCAGAGAGGAAGACCAGUUCUCCGUGAUUGAUUUCAACCAGAAUGUUCGGACCUGGAAAAAUGAUUUAGUUUCAGCUACUAAAACACAGACUGCGGAUGCAAAGAAGUAUAUUGAGAAAAUCCAACCCAGUGGAGGCACAAAUAUCAACGAAGCACUCCUGCGGGCAAUCUUUAUUUUGAAUGAAGCCAACAACUUGGGAUUGUUGGACCCCAACUCAGUCUCUCUUAUCAUUUUGGUGUCUGAUGGAGAUCCAACCGUAGGCGAGCUAAAAUUGUCAAAUAUUCAAAAAAAUGUGAAGCAGAACAUACAAGACAAUGUGUCCUUGUUCAGUUUGGGGAUGGGAUUUGACGUUGACUAUGAUUUUUUGAAAAGACUAUCCAAUGAAAACCGUGGAAUUGCUCAAAGGAUUUAUGGAAACCAGGACACAGCUUCCCAGCUUAAGAAAUUCUACAACCAGGUCUCUACACCAUUGCUCCGGAAUGUUCAGUUCAACUAUCCCCAUUCGUCAGUAACAGAUGUCACUCAGAACAGUUUCCAUAAUUAUUUUGGAGGCUCGGAGAUUGUGGUGGCAGGAAAAUUUGACCCCGAUAAGUUGGAGAAAAUCCAGAGCAUUAUCACCGCCACUUCGGCCAACACCGAGUUAGUCUUGGAAACGCUGGCCCAGAUGGACGACUUGGAGGAUUUUCUAUCAAAAGACAAGCAUGCAGAUCCUGAUUUCACCAAGAAAUUGUGGGCAUAUCUAACAAUCAACCAACUGCUAGCUGAGCGAAGCCUAGCUCCUACCGCUGCCGCCAAAAAGAAAAUCACAAGAUCAAUCCUGCAGAUGUCUCUAGAUCAUCACAUCGUGACCCCACUCACUGCGAUGGUGAUUGAGAACAGUGCGGGGGAUGAGCGCAUGCUGGCCGACUCCCCGCCACCUGACCAAUCCUGCUGUUCAGGUGCCCUGUAUUAUGGCAGCAAAGUUGCUCCAGGUUCCAUCCCAUCCUGGGCCAACCCUUCACCAGCGCCAGUGGUGCCAAUGCGUGCAGAAGGAGCCCAGGUGCUGGAGUCCACACCCCCUCCACAUGUGAUGAGAGUUGAAAAUGACCCACAUUUUAUCAUUUAUCUACCAAAAAGCCAAAAGAAUAUUUGUUUCAAUAUUGACUCAGAACCUGGAAAAAUCCUCAACCUGGUUUCUGACCCAGAAUCAGGGAUUUUAGUCAAUGGUCAGCUCAUUGGAGCCAAGAAGCCCAAGAAUGGAAAACUAAGCACCUAUUUUGGAAAAUUGGGAUUUUAUUUCCAAAACGAAGAUAUGAAGAUAGAAAUCAGCACCGAGACCAUCACCCUCAGCCGGGGUUCUCGCACAUCUGUCUUGUCCUGGUCUGACACAGCCUACCUGGUUAAUCAGAGGGUGCUUGUCUCUGUGAAGAAAGAAAAAAUGGUGACUAUCACCCUGGAUAAAGAGAUGUCCUUUUCUGUUCUACUUCAUCGUGUUUGGAAGAAGCAUCCGAUCAAUGUGGACUUUCUGGGGAUCUACAUUCCCCCCACGAACAAGUUUUCACCUAAUGCUCAUGGACUAAUAGGCCAGUUCAUGCAUGAGCCAGAAAUACAUAUCUUCAAUGAGAGACCAGGAAAGGACCCCAAGAAGCCAGAGGCGAGCAUGGAAGUGAAAGGACAGAAGUUGACUGUUACCAGAGGCUUACAGAAAGACUACAGAACAGAUAUCGUGUUCGGAGCAGAUGUUCCCUGCUGGUUUGUGCACAACAGCGGAAAAGGUUUCAUCGAUGGCCACUACAAGGAUUACUUGGUGCCUCAGCUCUACAGCGUUCUCAAAAGGCCUUAA